AUGCCCAAAGUUAAAAAGGAGAAGGGUCCUAGUGACUAUGGCAGACAAGGAAUUAUGUUCAAAAAAGAUUUUGGACAACAUAUAUUAAAGAAUCCGCUUAUUAUUCAAGGAAUGGUAGAAAAGUCAGCUUUAUUACCUACAGAUACUGUACUUGAAAUUGGCCCUGGAACAGGAAACUUAACUGUUAAGUUAUUGGAACGUGUUAAGACAGUGAUAGCUUGUGAAAUUGAUGUUAGGUUAGUGGCUGAGUUGAAAAAGCGUGUUAUGAACACUCCUUACCAAAAUAAAUUGCAAAUAAGAGUUGGAGAUGUCCUUAAAUCUGAACUACCAUUUUUCAAUGUACUUGUAGCUAAUAUUCCGUAUCAAAUAUCAUCUCCUCUGGUUUUCAAGAUACUUCUACACAGGCCUUUUUUCCGGUGUGCUGUACUUAUGUUCCAACGAGAAUUCGCAUAUCGUCUUGUGGCCAAGCCUGGAGACAAACUCUACUGCCGUUUAUCAAUCAACACACAGCUAUUAGCUAGAGUUGAUCUUAUAAUGAAAGUUGGAAAAAAUAAUUUUAGACCUCCACCAAAAGUAGAGUCCAAUGUGGUGCGUAUAGAACCUCGUAAUCCACCACCUCCCAUUAACUUCAACGAAUGGGAUGGCUUAACAAGAAUUGCAUUCUCCAGAAAAAAUAAAACAUUAGGUGCAAUUUUUAAACAAAAUGCUGUUGCAGUAACAUUAGAGAAAAAUUAUAGAGUUUAUUGUUCUUUAAAAAAUCAAGAAAUAGAAGACAAUUUUGACAUUAAACAAAAACUGGAUGAUGUAUUAAACAAAAAUGAUUUUUGUGAAAAAAGAGCAAGAAAAAUGGACAUUGAUGAAUUUAUUGAAUUACUACUCGCCUUUCAUAAAGAAGGAAUUCAUUUUCAAUGA